AUGCAUGGUUCACAACUGGACCGUGUUUUGGCUCCUUUCGAACGAUGGUGGCGUGCGUGGUCCUGAUCUACUAUGUCGGAGCAUAAUGAUGUAAUGAUGUCACUGGAGAAUGUCUUACAGGAGAUAAGAGAUCCGGAAUUAACAAAAAAGCGGAAAGUAAAUGUUAUUCCGGCUGCAGAAACUUUAAUUUCUAAGAUUAUUUCUUCCAUGGAAACAGAGAAGAAAUGUAUUUAUUUCAAGAAGUUAUCAGAAAAUGCCCAUAUUCCAACGUAUGGAUCAGAAUGGGCAGCUGGAGCUGACUUGUACAGUGCCUAUGAUUGUGUGAUACCCGCAAAGAAUAAAGCUUCUGUUGGAACAGAUCUGCAAGUUGAAAUUCCACGAGGUUAUUACGGUAGAAUAGCGCCACGCUCAGGUCUUACUCUGAAGAAAUUCAUUGAUGUAGGCGCCGGAGUUAUUGAUUCGGAUUACAGAGGUCACCUCAAUGUAGUGCUUUUCAAUUUUGCUAAUGAAGAUUUCCAAAUAAAGAAAGGAGAUCGAAUAGCUCAAUUCAUCUGUGAGAAAAUUUCUCACUGCGAAUUCGUUGAAGUUGAAUCGCUAGAGAAAAGUGGACGUGAUACGAAUGGAUUUGGUUCAACAGGUGUUUAG